ACCAGGAAGAUCGAGGCCUUUUCUAGACGAAAGGGUCAGAAUGAAGAGGUCAUGAUAAAUACUCGGGCAAGCGCCCGGAUGCAUCAUCAUCAGAAGUUGCAAGUUCCAACUUUAGACGAACCAACCUACCCCUUAUACGAGCCCUCAAUUUGAGUUCAACCCCCUACCACACACACAUUCCCAUAUCAGUAGCCUCUACAAGGCACAACCAUCAGGCACAAUGACCCUCACCGACGCCCAAAUAUCCAUCGUCAAAUCCACCGUCCCCGUCCUCAAACAACACGGCGAAGCCAUCACCACCAUCUUCUACCGCGACCUCAUCACCGAAAACCCCUCCCUCAAAAACGUCUUCAGCCUAACCUCUCAAUCCAACGGCGCCCAACCGCGCGCCCUCGCCAACGCCGUCCUCUCCUACGCCAGCUACAUCGACAACCUCCCCGCGCUCUCGCAGGCGGUCGCGCGCAUCGCGCACAAGCACGUGUCUCUCCAAGUCGAGCCGGCGCAGUACGCCAUUGUGGGUCAAUACCUGAUCCAGGCCAUCGGGCAGGUGCUUGGCGAUGCGGCUACGCCCGAGAUUGUAGAUGCUUGGACGGCGGCGUAUGGGGUUUUGGCGGAUGUGUUUAUUGGGACGGAGCGGGCGAUUAAUGAGGAGAAUGAAAAGAAGGAUCAUUGGAGGGGGUGGAGGAAGUUUAGGAUUGCGAGGAAGGUGGAGGAGAGUAGCUCGAUUUCGAGCUUUUACUUGAAGCCGGUGGAUGGGGAUGCCAAACUGCCAAAGUAUCUGCCUGGUCAGUAUGUCUCUGUGCGAGUGCUGGUGCCCCAGUUGGGGUAUUUGCAGAGUAGGCAGUACAGCUUGAGCGAGGCGCCGAGGGAGGGAGGGAUGGAGGAGUAUCGGAUUAGUGUGAAGAGGGAGGAAGGGGAGGCCGGUCACGGUGUGCCGGGACUGGUUUCCAACUUGCUUCAUGGUAAGCAGGAGGGCGAGGAGGUGGAGGUUAGUCAUCCCCAGGGCGAGUUCUUUGUUGAUCCCGCGGAUGCCAGCAAGGAGGGGGUGCCGGUUGCGUUGAUCUCGGUGGGCGUGGGCGCUACUCCGAUGAUGGCUAUCCUCAAGAGCUUGGUGCAGGGGGAUGUCAAGAGGAGACCGGUGUCGUGGAUCCAUGCGAGCAGGUCGAGUUCGGAACAGCCGUUUGGUCAGGAGGUGAGGCGCAUCGUCAAGGAGAACCCGGAGCAGGUGUCGGCCCAUGUGUUUUUGAAGACGGUGGCGGGCACGGAUCAGGCCGGUGUGCAUUAUGAUUUUGCGGAUACAAGGAUGGAUUUGACCAAGUUGGAUGGAGAGCGGGAUCUGCAUUUGGCGGAUAAGAGGACGGAGUACUACAUCUGCGGACCGGAGACGUUUAUGGUGGGAACCAGGAAGGUGUUGGUUGGUCUUGGGGUGGAUAGGAGUAAGGUGCAUUUGGAGCUGUUUGCUACUGGUGAUGUUGCUGAUGAGUAGGUGAUGGGAUUCGGGGUUGGUGAUGGCGUCGGUGUAUGAUUGGCUUGCUGGAAGAAAAAGGAAGAAGGCCAAAAAGCCCCCAACUAAAUACCCAAUCUCGCUCCCCAAAAAAAAACUGAUCCACCAAAACCAAG